AUGGCAGAGUCCGGUACCCUGCCCAGCGGCUUCGGAGAGCUCGAGGUGCUGGCUGUGGGGACAGUGCUGCUUGUGGAAGCUCUCUCCGGCCUCAGCCUCAAUAGCCUGACCGUCUUCUCUUUCUGCAAGAGCCCCGAGCUGCGGACCCCCAGCCACCUGCUGGUGCUGAGUGUGGCUCUGGCGGACAGCGGGAUCAGCCUGAAUGCUCUCAUCGCCGCCACAUCCAGCCUCCUCCGAGGGGAGGGUCACUGUGCCCAUGUCUUCCACAGGCGCUGGCCCUACGGCUCAGACGGCUGCAAGGCUCAUGGCUUCCAGGGCUUCGCAACAGCGUUGGCCAGCAUCUCUGGCAGCGCGGCCAUCGCCUGGGGGCGCUAUCACCAGUACUGCACUCGCCCCCAGCUGGCGUGGAACACGGCCAUCUCCCUGGUGCUCUUCGUGUGGCUGUCUUCCGCCUUCUGGGCAGCUUUGCCCCUCCUGGGCUGGGGUCACUAUGGCUACGAACCGCUGGGGACGUGCUGUACCCUGGACUACUCCAGAGGGGACAGGAACUUCACCAGCUUCCUCUUCACCAUGGCCUUCUUCAACUUCCUCAUGCCCCUGUUCAUCACUCUCACGUCCUACUGGCUCAUGGAGGAGAAGCUCCGGAAGGGCGGCCGCCUCCAGGUGAACACCACUCUGCCCUCCCGGACGCUGCUGCUCGGCUGGGGCCCCUAUGCCCUCCUGUACCUCUACGCGGCCUUCGCGGACGUGAGCGCCCUCUCCCCCAAGCUGCAGAUGGUGCCCGCCCUUGUUGCCAAAAUGGUGCCCUAAGUCAAUGCCGUCAACUACGCGCUGGGCAGCGAGACGAUCUGCCGGGGCAUCUGGGGGUGCCUCUCCCCGAAGAGAGAGCGGGACCGCGCCCGGUGAGCCUGCUCCGCAGGGCCCCACGCCAGGAGGCCGCCCUGGCCCUGGUCCAGGUCCGCAGCGUGGAAGCCAAGCCCCAGACACUCCCCCACCAAUCCCCAGGGUCCUGUGGCGCGAGGCCUAGACUGGACACGGAUUCGGAGACGCCAGGCUGCGCACGCGGAGCUGGGCCCAGCCAGGGGCCUGGGUGUCCGUCCUAUCCCUCUGCGUGGGACGGAGAGCCCUGGAACCACUCUGCAGACCAGCUUCCUCACCCCCAGGGUAAGGGUACUCGGGCGGACUUUGCCAGGAGGCUGCGGCUUGAACAAGACAGCGUGCGCUCACACGGAGAUGCUCAUUGAAAAGCGACUCCCAGCGGCCAAGCUAAGCCUUGGCCACGCCCUCCACGGUCUUCCUCUAUGAAAAGGGUCGGCGCCAGCUUGCUAUGGGAGCCCACCCGGCAGUCGGUGCUGAACGUACUCAUGAAACCGAGCUGUUCUGCCUGCGGGUUCGGUUUCCGAGCUGUGAGGUGAGACCGAACGGUGCCUUGAGCCUUUGGAACCGACCGGAAGAUUCCCUGGCAGUGCAGUGCUCACCUGCCAGUCACACCAGCGCUGGCUAGGAGGAUGGCCCACUCCUCGUUUAAAAGUGUUGGGGGGCAGCAGGGGG